AUGAGAAAUGCUGUGCCGAACGUCAUCAUUGAAUCGGUUUCCUCCUCACGCACAGAGCGACUGCAUCGAGUCUUUAGCAUCCAAAUAUCUGAUGGGAGGACACUAUCUCUAAAUACCGCACCCCAUUCGUUGCGGUUUCUUCGUUCUGAGCAACGGCUGGUACUCUCUGAAGCGCUCGUAGUUCAUUGGAUUCUGCAAAAUAGCCUCGAACUACCGGGAGCACAAGCUGCCAGUUUCGAGAAGCAACGGCAUAGGCGUGGCCAGCAAAGUACGCCGCCAAGUAGCAGCCCAUCGACAGACGAAAGCCGACCUCGUGACGAUGACGUCUCCCAUCAGGCCAAUGACGAUAUCAUCAAAUACCUUCCUACGCUUCUCGUGCACUCUUCGCAACCGACCGAGCUGGGCUUGGCUUUCAAUAUCCUCGAACCAACGAGAGGGUGUCCCAUCUCCUCUUUGGCACCACCUUUGACAGAGGCGGAGCGAGGUAUCGUCGAUUUCCAGAAGGGUCAGAUGAUGAGACGGUUGGCAAGCCACAUAUCUCCGACUAGGAAGUUUGGACUGGUUGCUAUGGUCCUUGGACCACCGCUGGUGUCGCCAAUGUCGCCGGUGUCCUCGGAGGAGGACAGCUGGAGAAAGGCAUUUCACUCGUUACUGGAGGGCAUCCUGAGGGACGGAGAGGAUCUAGCGGUGACGAUCAGCUACCAGUCGGUUAGGAGACACUUCGACAGGUUGGGCCAUCUCCUGGACGCCGUCACCGCGCCACGGCUUGUCGUGUUGGAUGCUGGCGAAGACGACAAUGUUCUGGUGUCGAGAUCUCAGGAGGUCUUUGACGAAAGGGACGAAGCGCGGCCAAAGACACAUGCCACAGAAGCCAAACACGAUCCUAAACAUGCCGCUGGCGGACAGACCGUGAGUCCACAGCAGCGCCAGCCAUACGAAGGUCAACCGGAGAAAUCCAACCCAGCUCCAGCCCCGAGUAUCGCCGUUAGUGGGCUCCAUGACUGGAGCAGCGGCGUCUUCGGCGAUAUCUUGUUCUCAACUAUAUUCACACAAAACCCAACGUCGGAAUUCAUGCGCGGCUUCUACCAUCCCCACAGGGCCAGCCCUCCCCAGAGAAACGACUACCCAACAGACAUCAGCAGCAGAGGCACUGACAACGCCGGCUACGAUCAUGAAGAGGAGCACGACGAUAUUAUCGAGGACCGCGACAAUGCGCCGAUUCGCCUGCUCCUCUACGAAUGCUACCACGCCAUGGUCUGUAUCGUCAAACAGUACUACAGACCCAGCGCCGACAGCAACAAGCAGGAGAUCGCAGCACGCAGACGCCUGACGGCAGCAUUGGCGAGACUCGAUGACGUCGACGAGUACACCUAUAAGCGGCCGAGACGUUCGAGUGGGGAUGCCCGACCCGUGAAGAGGGCAAGGGGUGACACGCCGGAGGUCAACGAAUAG